UUCCUGCUGCAGAGAGAGAAGAGCGGCGUCGAGACUGACAGGGAAGACAGAACACCACCUCCUUCAAUAACUACUGCAUAAAAUGAAACUGUUAGCAGCAUCUUCCUCUCUCGACAUCCGUUUGGUCACUGUUAUACUACUGGUGAUGGGCCUCUCUACUCCAGGACAAGCAGAAAUCACCAGUCUGGACUCAGGCAACAUUGAUGAUAUUCUAAAUAAUGCUGGUGUGGCAUUAGUGAAUUUUUAUGCUGACUGGUGUAGAUUCAGUCAAAUGCUCCAUCCGAUUUUUGAGGAGGCAUCAAACAUAGUGAGAGAGCAGUUUCCUGAUACGAAACAAGUGGUGUUUGCUCGAGUCGACUGUGACCAACAUGCCGACAUAGCUCAGCGCUACCGCAUCACCAAGUAUCCGACGUUGAAGUUGUUCCGCAACGGGAUGAUGAUGAAGAGGGAGUACAGGGGUCAGAGGUCAGUGACCGCCAUCGCGGACUUUAUCCGCCAGCAGCAAGUCGACCCAGUGAAAGAGUUGCACUCUGUGGAGGAGGUUAAUACUCUGGAUAGGAGCAAGAGAAACAUCAUUGGAUUCUUUGAAACAAAGGACUCUGAUAACUAUCACACGUAUGAAAAAGUUGCCAACAUCCUCCGAGAUGACUGCACCUUCUCAGCUGCGUUUGGUGCUGUAUCAGCAUCUGAGCGCUUUAGUGGAGAUAACGUAAUCUACAAACCUAUGGGCGAGAGCAUUUCCGACAUGGUCUACCUCGGCUCGCUCACCAACUUUGACCUGGCGUACGCUUGGGCUCAGGACAAGUGCGUGCCUCUAGUUAGAGAGAUCACCUUUGAAAAUGGAGAGGAGCUGACCGAGGAAGGACUACCUUUCCUCAUCUUGUUCCAUCUUAAAGAAGACACAGAAAGCUUAGAAAAGUUCCAGCAGGAAGUUACUCGCCAGCUCAUCAGUGAGAAAGGGUCUAUAAACUUCCUUCACGCGGACUGCGAUAAGUUUCGCCAUCCUCUGCUCCACAUUCAGAAAACUCCAACUGACUGUCCUGUCAUUGCCAUAGACUCAUUCAGACACAUGUAUGUUUACCCCAACUUCCAAGACAUUAGCAUUCCUGGUAAACUAAGACAGUUUGUUUUGGACCUUCACUCCGGUAAGCUUCACAGAGAGUUCCACCAUGGUCCUGACCCCACAGAUAGCACGCCAGGACAGGAUGAGGUGGAAGGAGAAGUGGCGAGCAGUCCUCCAGAGAGCUCAUUCCAGAAGCUGGCACCGAGCGAGACCCGCUACACCAUCCUCAGAAGGGACCGUGAUGAGCUGUGACCCAAAAGGCCUUGCAGCAAUCCUGCAACUCAAUGCCAUGCCCCGGGGUCAGGGAGGGGGUUAGGGUUGGGACAGGCCAGUGGGACAGAACAGUUAACACCCAACACCCUUACUGGAGAAAUCAAGUUAGACACAAGAAAGAGAAUGAAGAGGAUAAAAAAAGAGAGCGAGAACAUGAAGCAGAGAAGGAAUGUGCAGUCCAUUUCGGAAUAACCUAUAUUUUCAUAAAUCUUUCACAUACAAUUUUUAUUUUGAAUUAAAAAGAAGGGGUGUAAAGAUGUGUGUGUGGGCAGCGGGACAUCAAAAGUUCACUUUUAUUUUCUUGGAAGGUGUAAAUAUGUUUGUGCUACGUUGGAAUCACAAUGUUGGUCUAAAUUAAAUGCAGAGUUUUCAUUAUUUUAUUCCCCUUUUGUGUCCAAAGAACAAAACAGAGUUGUGUGUCCACACACGUGUCCCACUCCUGUUGUACGGUUUCUUGGUCCAGUUCCACUCGUCUAAUGCUUGUUUAGUUCCACAUUUAAAUGAGUUUAAUUCACUUUAUGGUUAUAACAGGUCUGCUUCAAGUAACUUCGUAUCUUCUCAUCACACUGAAGGAAUAAAAAAAACAUUUUGAACCGAGGCUUGAGACAAGAUAAAGAGACUGAGCUGCUCCAGCCUUUUGAGAUGCAACCCUUUUCUCCCUCGUCUGUUUCAUGGUUUUGGAUUACGAUGUCCCUUAGUGCUUAUAAAAAUAACUAGGAUCUUUUAUAUAUUUUUUACAGUACUGUACAAUAUAUGGGUGUGAUUAGUCUUUUGUUGUUACCAACAGAAAAUAUGGGAAAAAAAAAAAAAUGCAUGUUGGAAAGGUUUUUAACCUUUUAUUCUAAAUUCUGUAGUGGAUCAAAAACAGACUGCACUGCGACUGACUGCUGGCUCAUCCAGGAGGCCUCUUGUUAAAUGUCAAAUGAGAUAAGCCCCCCCACCUGAUCUUACAUAAGGUCAAAUGAUCAUUUGCAUUCUUUAUUUUGACUCGGUUUAGUCCAUGUAAAUCUGAAAUUAUAAAAUAAAAUUCUCUCCAUCAGUGUCUGAAAAACCCUGAAGUUAGUUGCCGGGCACUGAAUUGCCAAAAUAAAACGAGCUAUGUUGCUAAGAAUCAAAAAAGAAUGCAAAAUGUUUCUACAUGAUGUUCUUGGAACAUUAUCUUGAAUUUUUGUAACUUGUUUUUGUUGUCUGUGCAUCAUGGUGCCGGGAGAGAAAAACUCAGCUUACAAAGUGUUUAAAAGACAACAUGGGGGGGGGGGACCCAUACGGUGAACGGUGGAAAUUAAGUCUUGACACUUUAUACGAGUUCCUAAAAAAAAAAACCCAACUGAUUUUGUUUCUUUAUAUGUCUGAGGUUUUGGUACAAGUCUUGAUUUCUGAGAACCUUGGGAGUGGAGUUUUAGACGAGUAUGAGUACAGUACUCUGUAUUGUGUGUCUUGUCCUUCUGUAGAGGCUAACAAAUACCUGCAUAGUGACAUAUCGGCCCAUAAACAGAACAACGGGGGGAGAAGGUGAUGUCAUUUCUAAAUCUCUCAUCUCAGACGUAAAAAGCAAAAGAAAAAAGAUGAUUAAAAAACAUUUUACAGAUGUC